AAAGUGUGAUAGCACUGAAAGCUGAAAACUGGCCUGGACAGGAAGGGGGGGGGGGGGGAAGUGUCCGGACUGGAAGGGGGGAAAGUGUCCGGACUGGAAGGGGGGAAAGUGUCCGGACUGGAAGGGGGUGAAAGUGUCCGGACUGGAGGGGGGGAAAGUGUCCGGACUGGAAGGGGGGUGAAAAUGUCCGGACUGGAUGGGGGGGAAAGUGUCCGGACUGGAAGGGGGGGUGAAAGUGUCCGGAAUGGAAGGGGGGGAAAGUGUCCAGACUGGAAAGGGGGGGAAAGUGUCCGGACUGGAAGGGGGGUGAAAGUGUCCGGACUGGAAGGGGGUGAAAGUGUCCGGACUGGAAGGGGAGGAAAGUGUCCAGACUGGAAGGGGGGGAAAGUGUCCGGACUUGAAGGGGGGGAAAGUGUCCGGACUGGAAGGGGUGAAAGUGUCCGGAAUGGAAGGGGGGGAAAGUGUCCAGACUGGAAGGGGGGGAAAGUGUCCGGACUGGAAGGGGGGGAAAGUGUCCGGACUGGAAGGGGGGGAAAGUGUCUGGAC